UCUAAUUCUGCCUUAAAACUCUUGGACGAAAAGCAAAAUAACUACACCCACUCUUUCUUAACACCUGCUGGUAGCUUAAGGUUCCAAUCAUAGAUACCUCGACAGCUAUUUACUUAUUAGCUUCGCCGGGGCCACACUGAAAGAAAGUUGCGAGUUAUAACCUAGGUACUGUGGCAGGGAAUCCGCUACAACGUUAUCCAAAUACCGGGACCCAAGUAAAAGAAAUUGCGUGUGUGACUUAAGAAAAAUUAUCACAGAAAAAACUGAAGAUCCAAACGGUAAAAAGCUAGGACAAAGUAUCUUGAAUGCUUACACAAUAUGGACCGUAAGGUAAAUGACUUUGAAGUCUUCGUAAGAUGCUGAUGUUCCAAGCAAGUAAAAUAAUGUUAUUCGCUCAGAUAUACAGGUCACUGACACGGGAUAGGAUGAUUCAACUGUACCUCAUAUCUUACCUGCUCUUCGCAAGUAUUCAAGUAUUGCAUGCCACAUGUCCAACCGCCUUCAGCCUAACAUAUCACGUGCUUCGUAAUCACGUGAUAAGAUUUUCAUCUGCGCACACGAUGGAUCAGUGCAUGCAGCAAUGUGCAUCCCACUUGGAUUGCCACAGCAUUAAUUUCUAUGCAAGUCAGAACAAGUGUGAGCUGAAUAAAGCGACGCAUUUGUCAAAUCCCGGUGACUUGUCCAGUGAUGUCCUGGGUAUAUACAUGGCAUAUAAACAUCGUCCAAUGAACGUGUGUAGUGAUAGUCUGUGCAGUACAGACCAUAUAUGCCUGAGUGAAAACAUUGAUGAUUAUUACUGCAAAGAAUGUGCAACUGCUCUUGGAAUGCAGUCUCGUACAAUACCAGACUCGGCCAUCACAGCAUCAUCUUAUCUAUCAAACGGACAUGCGCCUUACAGAGCACGUCUUCACAAUGAUCCCCCAAUGCCAUACUCUUCUUCUAAUGAUUCUGCAAUUUGGAUCCCUUCUACCAGUCAAGUUGGUGAAUAUCUACAAAUAGAUCUUGGUAGAAUGGUCUACGUGACUAAGAUAGCCACUCAAGGACGGCCAUACUACGGUACCCAAUACGUUACCAAGUACCAACUGAAAUACAAACAAACUACUAGUAGUCCCUGGAUGGAUUAUCUGGAGGGGAAAAAUGUUAAGGAAUUUGCUGGUAACUCAGACAGAGAUACGGUGGUAACUCACGCACUAAAGGAAAAGAUAUGGGCGCAGUUCAUUAGGUUCGCUCCUCUUGCCUGGAAAGAUCACAUCACCUUGAGGGUGGAAAUCUAUGGAUGUUAAAAAUAAGAUACAGAAGGACGAAAUAUGAACUACGUCUGCUGUCUGUAUCUAUAUCUUUGUUUGUUUGUCUGUCCGUCUGUCC